UUUCUCUCCUAUCCAUUCCUUUCCAUUCUUAUCAUCCUAGUAAUCCUACUCAUUUUUUAGACACAGUCAACAUCAUCAUCACGCUUUGAUCUCACAUGGAACAUCAUCAAUCACGAACCAGAUAUAUCCAUCGCCACACAGAGCCCUACCUGCCUGAGUGUGAGUGAUCCCAUCAAGAACCCAACACAACACAAGGCCAUCCGGUGAGCUAGAACACCCCCCCACGUGGCACAACCCCACAAUCUCCUUUCCCAAGUUCCCAUUUUUCCAAAACCAUCCACCCUACAAAGCCGACCGCGAAACCUGGGCUCACCACUCGCACAAAACUCUAUUACUCUCUCCAACGGUCCUCCAUUUCCUACUUCGAUGCUCUGCUUCUAGCCUCUUCUCAUUUUCUUCAGCUUCUUCAGGUUCUGUACUUUUACGAAAUGCACAAAAAAUUGUACAAUUAAAUUGGUUCUUUCUGGGUCAAUUUCAUAUAUUGAUUGUUCUUUGUGCAAUGCGAGGUUAUUGAGCUUGAAAUUUUUGUGGGUUUUGUGAGUUUUGAUUUAAAUUAAGGAUAGAUUCAAAAGUUGUGUCUAUUGAGCUUGAAAUUUUUGUGGGUUUUGUGAAUUUUGAUUUAAAUUAAGGUUAUAUUGAAAAGUUUUCAUGUGGGUAUGUUUGCUUCUUUGUGAAAUCCGAAGAAUGAGGAGGGCUAUAAUGUCUCUGUUGUACCCAAAAGCUGUAUUUCGCUUUGGAUCGAAGAAUAGCUCUACAGCUGUCUAUGUGCUGUAAAACAAAAUGGGUUGUUUCAUGGUUGUGUGUUUGUGAUCUGUGGGUUGGGUAGAGGUUGAACAGUUGUUUUCAUCCAUUGGUCAACAGCUAAGAACUGGUUUGAGUAUUUGUUGUGUUUGAUGAUUGAAUUGGAUCGGUCUGGUGGUGCAAUGGCUCCGGGCACCGAUGCGUCGCUGCAGUGUAUGGUUUCAGAUGGUGGGUGCUGUAAGGAGAGUGUGUCAUCCAUGGUAGAUGAGGAUCAUGAAUCAGUGGUUAAAUUGAGCCAAGAGAAGGCCGCGAAGCCGCCGAGAAACCUCUCGGCCAUGAGGCAUAGCAUCAGCCACGCGAUGUUGGCAGGUAACAUUGAAUUGGAAUCGUCUAGUGAGAUUAUUGGUUUAAAGUCACCAUCUGGUGAGACAUCGGAAUUUUUACCUCUGUUUCGUUCGGGCAGCUGUUCUGAGAUGGGACCAAAACCGUAUAUGGAGGAUGAGUACAUCUGUGUGGAUAAUCUUCAGGAGCAUCUAGGCGCAGAGUCAAACUUCCAUUCUUCUGGAGCAUUUUAUGGGGUGUUUGAUGGGCAUGGUGGUGUUGAUGCUGCGUCAUUCACUAGAAAGAACAUGCUUAAGUUUAUUGUUGAGGACUCUCAUUUUCCAGUAGGGGUAAAAAGAGCCAUUAGGAAUGCUUUUGUGAAAGCUGAUCAUGCAUUAGCAGAUGCUAAAUCUCUUGAUAGAACUUCGGGUACCACUGUUCUGACUGCCCUUAUAUUAGGAAGGACCAUGCUAAUUGCUAAUGCCGGGGACUCUCGAGCUGUACUGGGCAAACGGGGAAGAGCAAUUGAACUAUCUAAAGACCACAAACCCAACUGCACAUCCGAAAAGCUAAGAAUUGAGAAACUAGGUGGUGUUAUUUAUGACGGCUAUCUUAAUGGCCAACUAUCUGUGGCACGUGCACUCGGAGACUGGCACAUGAAGGGACCAAAAGGUUCAAUCUACCCGUUAAGCUCUGAGCCAGAGUUGGAGGAGGUUGUUUUGACAGAGGAAGACGAGUUUUUGAUAAUGGGCUGUGAUGGCCUGUGGGAUGUGAUGAGCAGCCAAUGUGCAGUAACAAUGGUGAGGAAGGAGCUCAUGUUGCACAACGACCCUGACAGGUGCUCGAGAGAGCUUGUCAGAGAGGCGCUCAAGCGCAACACCUGUGACAACCUGACAGUUGUGGUGGUCUGUUUCUCCCCAGACCCUCCCCCUCGAAUCGAAAUACCUAGAUCUCAUAGGAGGAGGAGCAUAUCAGCUGAAGGGCUGGAUCUCUUAAAGGGCGUCCUGAAUAAUGUGUAAGAAAAGAAUUGUUCAACGGCUUGUACAGACAUGACUGGAGUUACUACUACCAGUGGGGUUUUUUCCUGAGUUUCUUCUGCCCCUCUCCGCGGUUGGACAUUGCUGAUUGUUGAGUGAAAAAAAAACAUAUGCAUCCGAGUUCUGUACGAUUUUGAAGCUCGGAGUAAUAUUUUUUCUGAUCCUCAGUGUCAGUAGAUUGUAAAAUUCUUGUUAUCACUAACAUUAGCAUGUAAUCUCAUUGUUAUAAUACUUAAAUUCACACUUCAUUUGCAUUGAUGAGAAAUGUUAAGAGAUUAGGGCACAAGCAAUGCAAAGAAAACUAGAAAAAAGGAUGUGAGUCAUGGAAUAUUAUGAUAAAUUGACAAUGCCUCUUAUGUAGUUUUUAUCUUCUCUUAUGUAGUUUAUUUUGGCAACAGAGCUAUCAAAUGAAUUGUUUGUUA